UAUAAUAUUAAUAGCUGUAAUGAAUGGAAAUUUUUAUGUAGUGUUACUGAAAAUAUUCAAAAAUUUUAUAAAAGUGAAAGUAGUAAUUCAGAUACUUACAGUCAAUAAUGAAAGUUUUCAAGAAUUUAUUUUUGGAAAAGUUAAGUUAUUAAUUCGAUAUCCCUUGAUUAUUCAAUAAAUAUAAUUUUUAUUUAGAAUAUAACAGUGAAUUGAUUAAAUUCAACAAAGUAAAUAUGAAUAAAUAAUGGAUGUUUCGUUGACUUUUUAUUACAACGUGUUCGUGAUAUAAAUGACAUUUAGGUUAUGUGAUAUAAAAUUAAUAUAAUGAAAUCAUCAGAAAAGAGUUAAUCUAUCUUUAUUUACAAUUAUUGAAAAUUACGGAAUAUAACAAAAAUACAUAUAAUUAUAUAUUUUCUAAAAUAUUAAGGACAUGAUUUAAGAUUUUUGUGGCAAUGAUUAUAUUACGAAAAUUGUUGAAAACUGCUGCAAUAGGUGCAAUAGCUGUAGGCACUUUCGCAUCUUUAAGAGCUAAUGAAUAUGAUAUUGGAUCAAUUGGUAUUGUACGUCUUGGGCGUGCUGCUGUUACUGUUUUUAUAAUAGGUAAUUACUAUAAAAGGGAACUUUAUGAUAGCAGUUUAAAAAGUACAUCACCAGAAUAUUUAGAAUUAAAAUCAAAAGUACACAAAUAUGGAGCAGAACGUCUUCUCGAACUUUGUUGCGCCAAUAAAGGUGUAUAUAUAAAAGUUGGUCAGCAUAUUGGAGCAUUGGAUUAUUUGUUGCCACAAGAAUAUGUUAGUACAAUGCGUGUUUUACACAGUUCUGCACCACCAUCAUCAUUUAAAGACGUUCUCAGAGUGAUAAAAGAAGAUUUCAAAAAAGAUCCAUAUGAUAUAUUCGAAAUCAUCGAUCCUAUACCCUUGGGUACUGCUAGUCUUGCACAAGUUCAUAAAGCUGUACUUAAAAAUGGCACUGUGGUUGCCGUUAAAGUCCAACACCGUACCGUCAAAACCAAUGCUUUUGUUGACAUAAAAACUAUGUCUACAUUAGUGAAAAUUACAUCUUAUAUUUUUCCAGACUUUAAAUUUGAUUGGUUAGUUGAUGAAAGUAAAAAAAAUAUACCACAAGAAUUGGAUUUCACUCAAGAAGGAAGAAAUGCAGAAAAGAUACAAAGUCUUCUUUCUCAUUACCAUUGGUUAAUAAUACCAAAGAUAUAUUGGGAUUUAUCAUCUCAACGUGUUUUAACUAUGGAAUUCUUAGAAGGUGGUCAAAUUAAUGAUCUUCAAUAUCUACGAAGCAAAAAAUUAAAUCCGUACGAAGUUAGCAGUAAAUUGGGCCGUUUAUAUAGUCAUAUGAUAUUUAUUAAUGGAUUUGUACAUUCUGAUCCUCAUCCUGGAAACAUUCUUGUUAGAAAUAAUAAUUCAGAGGCUGAAAUAAUCCUAUUAGAUCAUGGAUUAUAUGCAACUCUUUCCAAUGAAUUUCGAUGGGAAUAUUCUAAGCUAUGGUUAGCAAUACUGAAUGGAGAUAAAGCUGCUAUGCAACAUCACUGUACGAAUCUAGGUGUAGGUGAUCUUUAUGGAUUACUAUCAUGUAUGGUAUCAGGUAGAACAUGGGAUACUAUAAUGUCAGGAGUACAGAAAAAAAAGUAUGAUAAACAUGAAAAAGAACUUUUUCAACAAGAAAUACCUAAUCUGUUGCCACAGAUUAGUGAUGUAUUGCAAAGGGUCAAUAGACAAAUGUUGUUAAUUCUUAAAACUAAUGAUUUAAUGCGUGGAAUUGAACAUUUAUUACAGACACAAAAUCGAAUGUCUUCAUUCAUGGAAAUGUCGAAAUAUUGCAUUCAUUCGGUUUAUGGAGAAAAAUUAAAAUUUUCUACAAGUGAAUGGAAGCGAUGGGAAUUAACUCUUCUUGAGCAAUGGGCUCUUAUUAAGUUAUCAUUUUAUUAUAUCUACUUAGGUUUAUUUCAUUUUGACAUAAACAAAAGUAUUGAAUCAUAUUGGGCAAAUGAUUUUUAUGUUUUUUAAUAAAACUGAAUAUUAAACAAUGUAUUCGAAAA